UUUUUUUUUUUUCUUUUCACUCUUUACGCACAUGUCACAACCACCACCACAGCAACAACAGCUACCACCACCACCAGCUGGUACAGCUUCUUUCCCUCCUGGAGCACCACCCCCUGCUGGAUUCCCACCUGCUGGUUUUCCUUCAGGACCUCCACCUCCAGGUGGAUUCCCACCCACUGGAUUCCCUCCACCAGGCAGUGGACCUGCUCCUUUUACACCCAACGUGCCCCAAGCAACACCACCAGCUAUGGUCAAUGGUAUUCCUACCGCUAAACAACCUCUUAAUACAACACCCAGUCGUACAGUUUACGCAAGUAAUCUAAACGAAAAAGUCAAAUUAGAUGUGCUCAAGAACUCUUUACGUACUUUGUUUAAGCAAUUUGGCGAUGUGUUGGAUGUAGUAGCUCAUGGCAACAUUCGUAUGCGCGGGCAAGCUUUUAUUGCUUUUCCCGAUGAAGACAGUGCAACAAAAGCCAUCAAAGAACUACAACACUUUGUUUUGUAUGAUAAACCCAUGGUCCUUCAAUAUGCUCGAAACAAGUCUGAUGUUCAUGCAAAGGCAGACGGUGAUUUCGAUACACAUUAUCAACAGCGUAUGGCAAGAAAAGAACAAGUGGCCAAAAUGCCACUACCUGGAUCUCAUAAACCUACGUUUAAAGCAAGUAGACCUCAAACAGCAGCUCCCAGUCAACAUAAUCCUACAGCCAAUAUUCCUGAUGAAUAUUUGCCUCCCAACAGUAUUCUUUUCUUACAAAAGUUACCAGAGACCAUUACGCAACAACAAUUGACAGACCUAUUCCAACGCUAUCCUGGCUUUAGAGAAGUGCGUAUGAUUCCUACAAAGAAGACGAUUGCCUUUGUUGAAUAUGAUAACGAGAUACAGUCUGGUAUGGCCAAGAAUGAAUUGAAUGGAUUCAAACUUGGACCAGAUCAGGAAAUGAAGGUGACAUUUGCCAGAAAAUAGCAUACUUUUAUUUACAAAUCCCAUACAAUUUCUGUUAAAUAAAUAGAG